AUGGCUGCAAGUGACAAUACCGUCCCCUCGGCCUUGGGCGGCAAGGCUGAGCGACGCUCGCCGCCUCCAGCAACACAAUCAAAGCGAGACCGAAAAAGACAGGCUCUCAUGGAGCGUCUGUCGAGCAUGACGGACAAGUUUCAGCGCGAACAAGACUUGACGUAUCGCGACCAGCUCCAGAAGAUCCAGUACGAGAUCAGCCUCGUCCAGCGUUUCGACCCAUACGAUCCAAAUGCCUUGGAGGUCGCCGCCGAGCUGCAAAAGGAACAUAGACAGACUCAAGGACCUCCGGUUCAUGCCGAGUCGGCCCGUAGCCUCAUGGACAUGGCUGGAAUCAAGUUUCCCAAUUUUAUCGACGAAAUUGAGGACCUCAUUGAGAUACGCGAUUUUCAAUUGACACAAUCAAAGGUGGGCAAGACCGGCCAAGGAGGGAAUUGCUUCUCCCACAAAUUUAUUUUUCUGCUAUCGAAUACAGCUGACAUGGCCCUUUCCUACUCUCUCCAGAACGAAUAUGAACGAAAAGUACAAGAGUACAAAAACACCCACGCUUACAAGGUCGAGACGGCUCGGCGCGAACACAUGGCUCUGACCGGUACCCUGCGCGACCGACUUAUCAACACCCUCACACACAAGAAGAACCGAUUGAAUAGGGAAAAGGAAGUAUUGGAGAUUAACGAUUCCAAUGCCUUGCUCCUGAACCCCAAUCACUUUUCUCUCACCAACCCCGGCAGCCCCGGCGGCACCCACGGGAAGCGCGCGACACGGCUUCGUAAGGAUGCCGAUGACCUUCAAAUGUUCUCCGACAAGAAGCGAAAGCGAAACCCCGGCGAGGACGACGGAUCGCCAGCACCGAUGCGCCGCGCUUUGGAUCCCAACAGCACAACUCCCCUGUGGCAGUCGGAAAAGGCACGUGCUGCUGCGAAGCAAAACGGCCCCAUGUACAGCAUCGACAAGCUCUUCACCGACAAGGAGCUGUCUCUGCAUUACAAUAGCGCGGCCUUGGCUGCUCAUCAGUAUAUCCUGCGCAACCGUGUCAACGGCAACGCUUCCUCCCCCGACGACAGUGACUCGGCAAACGGAGAUGACAAUGACGCCGACUCUGUUCCUUCUGCGCCCAUGAUGGAACGCCAGGUCUCACACGCCACUCGUAGCACCAGGGGCGGCGCAAACACAAACUUCUUGGACGACAAGAUUCUCGGCGUCGAAGGCAUUGCCAACUUUGAAGUCCCCGCCAACCUGGACCUUAUGCAUGCCCAGGAGCCGCCCAAGAUGCCUCCUCACGUGCCCCAGCAGUAUCUUAAACCGUAUCCCCGUACAGCGGACCAAAACUUCCCGGUGCCACUGUCACAAGACGACAUUGUAUCCGAUCUGUCGGUCAUGGGCUUCCUGAAACAGUAUGACCACUCUCACAAGCCCGGCGCACACCUCGAUGCGCCGACUGGCCUGCGCAAGAUUCUCGAAGCCGUCUCCAUCCCGUACCAGCAGGGCCGCUUCGUCGCCAUUACCAGUGCUGCACGAGAGGACCCCGAAAACUUUCGCGACUCUCUUGGUAUCCCCACGAGCAGCUUGCGAGACCAACCUAGCCCCGGCCACGGCGGUUCCAACCAGUCCGUGGCGGGAUACUCGGCGUCCGCCAUACCGAUGAGCAGACAGAGCAGUCUCGGCGGGGUGGCCAUGAGCCGACAGGGCACGACAGGAAGUGGACGCGGUAGAGGUCGUCGCGGCUAG